AUGGAUGGUAUUUCAUUAUUUCGUCGUCUUGGAGUUGGUGCUAAAUUUGAUUUUAAACGUUUCCAGUCCGAUGCCGAAAAACUUAAGUUGAUAGAGGUAAAAGAACCUGAAACACAGAAGUGUAUUGUAGCAACUCCUGACGAAAAACCGAAGGUUAAAGAAAUAAAGGAUAAAGAGAAUAAACUUAAUGAUUCUGAUUCCAAUGAAGAUGACAUUGAGAUUUUACCAAACCUGCAACUAAAACUGCCAGAUAAAGGGAAAAAGAAAGACAAGUCUGCCAAAAAAGUUGCUAAUCUGAAAAAAGAAUUGUUGCGGCAUAUACGCAAUAAGAAUAAAAUUCAUGUGCAUGGUCAGGAUGUUGCAAAUCCAGUAACCAGUUUUGACCAAUUGAAUGAGGAGUUUAACUUACAUCCACGCAUUUUGGAAAACAUCCAAAAAUCCAACUACACAAACCCUACUCCAAUCCAAAUGCAGGCCAUUCCAGUCAUGAUGCAGAGGCGAGAAAUUCUGGCCUGUGCGCCAACCGGCUCUGGUAAAACAGCAGCUUUUAUUUUACCACUCCUCCAUCAUCUGCAGGAACCAAGAAAUGCUGGUGUACGAGCAGUGGUUUUGGCCCCAACAAGAGAAUUGGCCAGUCAGAUAUACCAAGAUUUCCAGCGUUUGUCUGAAGGCCGAGGAUUUCGCAUACAGUACAUCCACAAAGCUAAUCUAAAGAAAUUUGGAUCAAAAACUUUCAAGAAAAUUGAUAUUUUGGUCACCACUCCUCAGCGGUUGGUUUUCUUGCUGUCACAAGAAUCAGCCAUCUUGACUCUCAGCACUGUUGAAUGGUUGGUUAUUGACGAAUCUGACAAAUUAUUUGAAGAUGGAAAAACAGGCUUCCGUGAUCAGCUAGGUACCAUUUACAAAGCUUGUGAUUCUCCCAAUAUUCGAAGAGCCAUGUUUAGUGCAACUUUUGCUUAUGACGUGGAGCAGUGGUGUAAACUCAAUCUUGAUAAUGUCGUUCAAGUCUACAUUGGUGGCAAGAACAUGGCAACAACCACAAUUGAUCAACAAUUAUUAUUUGCCGGCACAGAAAUUGGGAAACUUUUUGCAAUGCGGGAAAUCAUCCAAAAGGGCAUCGAACCACCAGUCCUGAUUUUUGUGCAGUCCAAAGAACGUGCCAAAGAAUUAUUCCAAGAACUCAUUUUUGAUGGCAUCAAUGUCGAUGUUAUCCACGCAGGCCGUACUCAGAUUCAGCGUGAAAAUGUUGUGAAAAGUUUCCGCGAGGGUAAAAUCUGGGUUCUUAUUUGUACUGAGCUGAUGGGCCGUGGUAUCGACUUCAAAGGAGUGAAUUUGGUUAUAAAUUACGACUUUCCUAACAGCGCCAUCAGUUACAUCCACAGAAUUGGGCGAACUGGCCGUGCAGGAAGACCCGGUAAAGCCAUCACAUUCUUUGUAGAAGACGAUGUACAUUAUUUACGAAGCAUUGCCUCUGUGAUGAAAGAAGCUGGUUGUCCUGUUCCUGAAUAUAUGCUUGACUUGAAACGACCUGAUAAAAAAGAGCGUCGAAAAAUGGCACAAACCAAUCCGAAAAGGAGGAGAAUUUCCACAACUCCUUAUGAAGAUAUUAAGGCUGCCAAAAAACAAAAAACGUCCAAAAAACGAAAACCUGGGAAGAUAUCAAAAACACAACUGAAAAAAUCUCGACCUUUCCCUGGCAAGCGGCCAAGGAAAUCAAAAAUGGAAAAUCCAGAAUAA